GACUCCACUUUGAUGGUGGUGUCACAGAUGAGUAUGGCUUCCAAUUCUCGUGGGAAGAGCAAACGCAGUGGAAAGCUGGACGAAGGUCCAGCAAGCAAGCGAAAGCGUCGCAGAUACAGUGGUUCGGAGGAUGAAGAUGCUGGGAAAGCUGCCUCUAGCACUCCAAGCAACAGCACACCUUCGUGGACACCUAAGCAUUUCACUGACUUCCGAAAUUCUAGAGGCAGUGAACCCCCUGCAGAGCUGUUCCGGAAGGAUUUGAUCAGUGCCAUGAAGCUGCCUGACAAUGAGCCACUUGCCCCUGGGGAGUAUUGGCAUGUGGUUGACCAGUGGAAGCAGGAAUGGGAAAGAGGAGUACAAGUACCUGUAAAUCGGGAAACUCUACCUCUUCCUCAUGUGCGGCGGAACCCCCCUCCUUACGGCAUUCGAGAAGGAGAUUUUAGAUUGCCAAAGUUGAGGUACAUCCGGAUCACUAUGGAUGACUUUUUCUCCAGCGAGCUUCAUCAACUUUCAACAGCACCUGCUCUGGCAGAGAAAGCAUGCAAAUAUGAUCUUGAUGAUGUUGACAUCCAGUGGCUAAAACGCUACAAUGCUGAACGUGCAAUGAUGGGCCUGUCUCCAGUUGGGGAAUCCAGCAUGGAAAGGGCUGUGGAAGAAUUUGAGCAGCAGUGUUGGCGGCAAAUCCAGACCAUCCUGAAAGAAGAGGAAUGCCUAGGGAUAGAAUAUGAUGAAAAUGUGAUCUGUGAUGUGUGCCGAUCGCCUGACCACGAAGAUGGGAACUUGAUGGUUUUCUGUGAUUGCUGCAAUGUGUGUGUCCACCAAGCUUGUUAUGGGAUCACGACAAUCCCUCGAGGACCGUGGCUGUGUCGGACUUGUGCUCUGGGUAUUCAGCCAUCUUGUGUCCUGUGUCCAAACAAGGGUGGUGCUAUGAAGCCCACAAAAUCUGGACAAAAGUGGGCUCAUGUAUGUUGUGCUCUCUGGAUCCCUGAAGUCAGCAUUGGUGUCGUCGAGAAAAUGGAGCCCAUCACAAAUAUCUCCGAAAUUCCUGGAAGUCGAUGGUCCCUAGUGUGUUGUCUCUGCAAGCAGCGAGAGGGUGCUUGCAUUCAGUGUUCAGUGAAGACAUGCAAGACAGCAUAUCAUGUGACUUGUGGCUUCCAGCAUGGCCUCGAACUGAGGUGCAUCAUUGAGGAUGAUACUGGCGAGAAUGUCAGACUGAAGUCAUAUUGCCAGAAACACAGCAAGAAGCCUGAACCUAAACCAACAGACGAGCCUCAAAAGAAAAAGAAGAAAGAGAUGACGUCUUUGGAGAAGGAUCAGGCUAGGACACUCAAGCUGCAGCAGAUGGAAGCAGAAUUUUAUAAGCAUGUGAACUUGAAGGAGGCUUCCAAAUCCCUUUCUAUGAAUGAGGAAGUGAUAGAGUUCAUCUUCAAUUACUGGAAGCUGAAGCGGAAGUCAGUAUUCAACAAGCCUCUACUCCCACCACGACCUGAUGAGGUGGAACUAUUGCCUCAGCAACAGGAUCAGGACCGGGAGCGACUUCGUAUGUUCCUUCAUCUUCGACAAGACCUAGAAAGGGUGAGAAAUCUUUGCUACAUGGUAACCAGAAGAGAGAAGAUGAACCGUAGCUACCUACGCCUGCGAGAGCAGACCCUGCAUCAACAGAUUACUCUGUUGCGGAUCAAAGGUGUGGAGUUCAGUCCCUCAGACAUGGAUGCAAUUCUUCAUGCGAACCAUGGGCCUAGCAUCUAUGAUGAUAGAUACUCAGACCCUUCAAUGCCUCGGCCCACAAUGGAGGAAUUCCAGAACCAGAUCUCACGCAUCAAAGGGCUUCUCCCACAGGAGAAAGAUCUCAAUGGGCUGAUCCAUCAGAAGGGCCCUAGUGAGCCCAACCCAUAUCGACGAAAGUAUUUCAAUGGGGCCGAACGGCGACGAUAUGGCAUGUCAAGUCGCAGUGCAUCCAGUGCCAGCGAUACAGAUUCAAGCAUUCGCUCAGUACUCCGGAGCAGUGCUUCACGCGGGAAUGCCAACAAGGCCCAGUCAAAAAACGCCUAUGGUGCCUCUCCUACUCUAGUGGCGGAGUCCUCCAGUGACGAGGAGGAAGAGCUGCGCAAGAUGACUGCAGCUCGGGAGGGGAGAGGCAGGGACAUCUACACCGACAGUGAUUCGUCCUCCGCCAGCGACCUCAAUCGAAGUCGACUCAAGGAAUUCAAUUCCCCCUCCAUCAGCCUACCUCCAGUUACAGGGGUUCCAACCAUCAAAACCAAAGCUGCAAUGAAGCAGUUCUCAGGUUCUGUGCCACCGGAGAAGUGGAAAAGUGAAGAAACUGGUGGUGAUUUGACUAAAAAGUCUAAGAACAGGGACCUGGAUGACUCAGCAAAAAAGAAUCAGAGCAAGGAGAAUCGGAAGCCUGCAGUCAAAGGUGAGCUUCGACCAAGCCAACCUAUUGUGGAUACAUCAAGUGAUGAGGAGGAACAUCCUUUAAUAUCAAGGAAGAAAUCUAGCCCUGCUGAGUCCAAGAAACCUGUUGACAAGUCUGUGAAAAAGUCUCAGUCAAAGGAAAAGAUCUUGAUUGAAAAACCCCAGAGGAAACCAUCUGGUGAUGCAAGCCAUUCAAAGCAUUCAGAGAAACCUAGUAAACCAGGUUCAAGGGAGAGGAAAGGGGAGAAAGCAGGGAUCCUGUCAUAUGUCCCACAGAGGCAAGCAGCUCGAAAGGCAGCUGAACACAUCACAGACAUCUCCAAGUCCAAAGACAUCAUUGAGGAAUUGCUUGAAGACACUACUCAUGCCAUGAAAAAGGGGAAGUCACCCCGUAAUUUUUCACUGGAUGACGACAUCAGUAGUGAUGAACUAUCUGCUCUGAUUGAACGAAACAAGGCAUCUUCACGAAGAGAUCGCGAAAAGAAGAUUGCACAGAAGAAGAAACGAUCUGACAAGCACUCUAUCUUUAUGGGCAGUGAUGAUUCAGACUUUGAUCUCUCUCCUAUUCGCAAAGAUUUAGGUGCAAAGCCACCGAUGAAGACUCAGAAGGAGAAAGAUGAAGAAUUCAAUCGACUGCUGGGCUUUGUGCCCAAGUCAGAACCAGAUAAAGAAAAUGAAAAAGAGAAAGAGGACAUGAAGGAAAAGGAUGCAACAAAAACGUCUCUAUCUCGGGUCCCUGGUAAGAAGCUUAAAACUUCCGAACGGCGGCCUGAGAGAGACUCAGGACCGCCACCUGCGAAGAAGCAGCAGGACCUCCACUCAAAGACUCCUGUCUCACGGGCUGGAAUUGGAAUUGGCACCAGCCCAGCUGCUUCAAGACAAAAGAAAGAAUCAGGGGAGCGAGAAGGGAAGAUUCAAAGUAGCAGUAAGUCCCUGCUCUCUCCACCUCUCCUAUCACCUGAGAAGAAACCAUUGAUUGGAGAAAAGGGCAAGAGGGUGGUAACCCCAAGGGCAAGCCCAAAACCAGUCAAAAGUCCAAGCUCAAGUCGAUCCCAGCACAGCUCCAGUGCAAGCAGUUCAAGUGAUAGUGAGAGCAGCAGCUCAUCUGAUGAGAGUUCUUCUUCUUCUUCUUCAUCAUCGGGCAGUUCUUCUGAUGAAGAUAGUGAUCAGUCAGACAAGAGUAAGAGCACAUUGGCCAAAACAAAGCCUGCAAUAGCAAACAAAACAGAUCAAUUGCCAGAAAAGAAACAUCAGUCACAGGAGCCAGUUGAGUUAGAUUUGGGAAACGAUAAAACUGAAAAGGCAUGUUCUAGUUCCUCACCUGCAAUAUCAGUACAUCCUCAGGAAACCAUCAGUAAAGAGGUUUCAGUUCCUACAAUGCUGCCAAAGCCAAGGCAAUUGAGUGGGAUCCAUCACACAGAAUCUUCAAGUACACCCAUUAAAUUGGAAGAGAAUUCCCCAAGUCCAAAGCAACUUGAUCAUGAGACUGAAUGUCAAACUGAAGAAUCCUUCCUCCCUGGAAAACUGCCUGUUCAGCAAAAAGAACAUUCCAUCUCAGAUGGCAGCUGUCAGGAGACACUGAAUCUGGUGAACAAGUUGAGGCAGCAGUAUGCUAAAGUGACUGCAGGGAAAGCUUUGGAUGAGGUGGAAUCAUUGGAGAAGUCUACUGUUGCUGACUUAGAAAUUGGCUUGCCACUUGUGUCACAUGGCCCAACAUCAUUGCACUCAUUGAUCUCAGACACUGGCACAGACAUACCUGAGACACAGCUAAAACAACCACCUUGUCCAGCAGUAGAGGAUGUGCAAGGAGAUCCUUCUUUGUUGAUCCAAACACCUAAUAUACAAACACCUCCCAAAAUGUUACAACCUGGUUUAUCCAUGCCCCAAUUCCAAGAUUUGCUGCAAGAGAUUCUACCACCAGCCAAUCUCAGUUCAUCUACUCAGCCUGCUGCUAGUUCAGCCUUUCCACAAGUACAAAAGGAGCCUCCUGCAGUAGCAUCAGCUACCCCUCUGCCAUGUGAACCAAUUGUAACCAGUCAUGCAGAGUCACAUUCUCUUCCUGCAGUGACUAAGACACCCAGGCUAGGUAUACGUCCCAUGGUGAUUCAAACAGCUCGAGCCACAUCUCAAGCCAGUGAAAGAAUUGUCAAGGCAGUAAAAGAAUUGGUGAGUGAAAGGCCCAAUACAAUGCCAUGUGAAGCAGUAAAAUCACCUCCAAGGGGCCAAUCUCCCCUUUGUCCAGAAGUAGCAACUUCGAACAAGGGUGGAGAGUCUCCUGGGGAAAGUAAAUGGAAGCCAUUAGGACCUGCAAGUGAUGAGCCUGUGAUACCUACCAAGCCUGUAUUCUCAACCAUCCGAGGCCAGAAAGAUAAAGAGAAUGACAUUUGGGCAGGUCCACCAGAGACCCCAAGAGACAAAGUUCCUCCAUCACCUUCCACCAUGAUUUCCAAAGCCACAGACUUAGCAAAGCUGGAACCAAAGGAGAAGGUAGAGGAACCACUUCGACAACUUCGAGGGAAGAAGAUGGAUGUGACACCCCCUUCACCCCCUCCGUCACCUCCACCCCCUUCAACACCUCGAAGACGCUCACGCAGAACAGCUGCAAGAGCAACAACACCGCCGCCACCACCAUCAAUCCCAGAGCCCAGUUCACCUGUUUCCCUGUCAAACACAGAAUCUAUGGACUCAGACCGUGCACCACAGAGUGUCUCAGUGUCAAGUGAAGGACAUCCAGCAGGCAAGGAAUCUGAACCUCCUGACACAACAGUCACACCUAUUGCCACAUCUGCUCCAUCAACAAGUAGUCCAGAUGAGAGUCUGAGGCCUCAUCCAUCAAUCCCAGUUUCUUCUUCCUUUCCCCAUUUCCCAAUAUCAGAAGCAGAUAUCCUAUCUGGUUAUCAUCAUCUCUCAAGUACAAAGCACCAGAUGGGUCUCCCAGAUCUCAGUCUCAGCAGUCCUCCUCCCCCAUCAUUCAUCACAUCCCAAGCACAAAUCCCUUUCCCUGGUUUCAAUUACCUCCCUCAUGCCCUUCCCAUUCAGCCUCCACUUCCUGGCUUCCAUCCCUUCAGUUCUCAAUAUAGCACCUCCCCUCAUCGUCUCUAUACAAACCUCUUUGACUCUGGGAAGGACUUGGUGGACCUAGCACCAUCAACAGACAACCAGGCUGCAGAUGCAUCAGUUGUACCACCUCCUGUGACUGAAGGUCAGCUUCCAACUUCCAAAGCCCUAUCUCCACGUUUGAAUAGUUCAGCUGGAGGGACAGGAGGAGUGCAACCAAAUGAGGCAUCAAAUGCUUCAGUUAGCUCUGAACCUCCACCCUCAUCAACUGCUCCUUCAGACACUUCUCAGGCCGAAAUCUCCAUCCCCUUGGAAGAUUCAAGACAUCAGUUGAAGGUAAAGAUUAAAGGACCUUUCUUGGAUGCCAAUUAUUCUUCCACUCCUGCACCAGCACCACCCAGUGCACCAAGUGAGCCCUCGACAGUUUCUACACUGCGAAGGAUGCGCAAGAAGGAACUCAUCCGCCAGUACUGCAAUCAAGACAUGAAUGUGGAUGCUCCAUCUGGAAUGCCUGCCAUCCCUCAAACAGUGAUAACUCCCAUCACUCCUAGGACAGUGAUCACAAUCCCAAAAGCUGUGACAUCAAUGACAACCAUCCCAACCAGGGAGGAUUAUCGAGCUUUCCGGGCUGGUGGGGCUAACGAACAGGAAACUAAGGGUCGUCGUGGUCGCAGAGGUGUUCCACGGGAACUGCGGAACCUGGGGUGGAAGGUGAAGGACCAGGACAAGAUGGAAGGACGAUUGCGGGAUCGGGUGUCUGGUGCUGGGCAGAUCAAGAAAGAAAUUGUGCCAAUUGGAAAACCAUCAAAAACCAAGACAGAAGAGAAGGCUGUCAAACCUCCUCCUAAGUUGAGAAUCAAUCUGGCCAGACUGGAGGAGUUCCAAAAUGCUGAUGAGAGUGCAAAAGAUGCUGGAGGCAUCCUGGCCAAAGCACCUGAGGACAUGGUGGCGAAACGGGGACGAGGACGACCGCCAAAGAAACGUAUAGCUGAGCAACCUCCCCCUGUCAGUGUGGUUGAACCUCCACCAGUGACUGAUGUGGUGAGGCAAGAGGGCUCCAAAUUCACAGGGACCAUUUCUGAUCUUCCUGGGAAGGAAGAAUCAGUGGCUGUGGGUAAAGAUUCAGAACAAGAUGGUGGAAGCACAGUGAAACCCACACUGGAGGACCUGAAACGACAGAGCAUGGAAUUUCGGGCAAAGAUCAUGGCAACGUUCAAAACAGAUCCUGGUGGUGUUGGUGACUCUGUCCCACUGAAAUCCCUUCCCUCACAGAGGAGACGGAGAAAGAAGGUCUUAGGGGGGGUGGGGGGUAAAGGCUCCAACAAUGAAAGCACGAGUGAUGGUGGUAGUGUGAAGAGUAGCAGGAGUUCUUCACCUGAGUGUGGAGUCAGCCCUCAGCAGGUCAAAGUGUUGACAAGUGAGAGCACCAAUGCACCCAAGAUCAUCAUUCGCUUUGGCAAGAGGGCAGAGUCAGUCAAGGACGAGAUUAAGUUUUGUGAUAAACCUGAGACAAAUGAGAGCAAAGUGUUACAACAGCACCAUCACCCUCGGCCAGAACAGGAGACUUCCUCCUCGUCUUCACGUAAGGACCGAGACUCAUCUCUUGUCAAAGUGAUGCCCAUCAAAUUGAAGCUCUCGAGGAGACCUGAGGGUUAUGUGACCCAAAUGCCAGAGCCCCCUGACACCUGCAUCACCAUGCAGGUCAAUCAACCAGUACAAGAAAGCUGUGAAGUGAGAUGA